AGCGACUCAUAGACGGCUAGGAGAUAUCGCAGAAUGCCAUUUUGAUUGCUGUUGAUCCAACCGGAAAAUAACUAGGAAAUGAAGAAUGGGCUAUCGAACUGGCCGUGGAGGGAUCCUUGUUGAAUUUUUACGGCGCUGGAGUUGUCAAGAAAGAACCACGAAUCUGUCGCGGGGAAUUUGGACGUUGAGCAAGGUAUUUUGAAGCUUGGUUUUUGCGGCCGGUUAUUUUAAAACCCUUCGUUCAUUUCCUCCUCCGUGAAAUUACGUGUGUUUCAUUGAUAAAAUAUGGCCUGGCAUUUCCCUCUUUUCCGGCGCCACGUCCAUAUGGAAUGUCGAGCUACUGACAGCCUGCUAUACUUUUGGACUAUUGCUCUGCUUGCUGCUGUGCGAGCUGGGGGGGAUAUGGAUUCCAAGCAUCAUAAUAUUAGCCCACUUUCAUUGGACGCAACUUGUCCCCCCAGAGCCUUCUCCGGUAUCCAGCACCCUGUCUGCUUAGAGCCCAGAUGGGUGGGCAUUGGGAAGAUCGAAAAUUAUACAUCUAAUUCAUCUGGUGAAACGGAUUUUUACGCGUCGAUCACCUCUGCGGCUUCGCCCUCGCUUUCGCCAACUAUAACGGUGACUGGAUCAGGAUCAGGAUCAAGUAGUGUGGACCAGGAGUUAGAUACGGAGUCGCCUCUUGAUAAUGCGAAUUUCCUUUCCUUUGAAGAGUGGAAGAAGCAGAACUUGGCGAAAGUGGGUCAAUCGGUAGAAAAUGUUAAGGGUGAUCGUCAAAGUGCUGGAUCUUCCGGUGACGGAAAGCGUCAGCGUCCCACGGGGAUCGAUAAUUCUUUGGAUUCCCUUGGUGAAGACGGAGAGAUUGCCUUGGAAUUCGGUGGAUUUGGGCCUGAAGAUUCUGGGCCUGCGUCAUGGGAAAGGAAAGUUGGGAAAGAUCAGCCUCCAGAUGUCGAUGGGGCUGGUUCGGUGACGAAAGGCGCGGAAGGGGAAACGCAGAUUGAAGCUACUACUCGUGGGGGUGCUUCUAGGAGAAAAGAUGCGGGGACUACGUGCAAGGAGCGAUUUAAUUAUGCAUCGUUUGAUUGUGCCGCCACCGUGCUAAAGACCAAUCCCCAAUGCACAGGCGCCUCAUCCGUUCUCAUCGAAAAUAAGGAUAGUUAUAUGUUAAACGAGUGUAGGGCUAAGGAGAAAUUCUUGAUACUCGAGCUCUGUGAUGACAUUUUGAUCGAUACUAUUGUUCUUGCCAACUAUGAGUUUUUCAGUUCGAUCUUUCGCACGUUCAGAGUCAGCGUGUCUGAUCGGUAUCCUCCCAAACAGCCUGAUAUGUGGAAGGAACUGGGCACAUACGAGGCAGUUAAUUCCCGAGAGGUUCAAGCCUUUGCAGUCGAGAACCCCCUCAUUUGGGCGCGAUAUGUGAAGAUUGAAUUCUUGACUCAUUACGGUAACGAAUUUUAUUGUCCUGUUAGUUUGAUUAGGGUUCAUGGUACGACGAUGCUGGAGGAGUACAAGAACGAUGGAGAAGCCAAUCGCCUUGAAGACCACAACUCACACCAGAUUCAGGGCAGUAGAACGCCGGAAUCUGGUCCAGAUAAUUCCACUACCGAUCCGAGCAAGAUUGUUGAGGAUAGCGAGGGCCCAGCCGAAGCCGGUAGAUUUGACAUGCAACCAACUCGCGUUCAGAAUCUGGAGGAUAUUUGUCUCCUGAAGGAUGCCGAGGUUGGGGGAAUUUUAUUGCGCAGUGUUGUCAGAGCGGAAGAUAGAAUGUGCACUGUCCAUGAGACGCCUCGUGCCUAUAACCGAACGGACGAUGCAGUUCAGCCAGAUUUGGUCCAGUCUCAUGGCCCUGCUCAGGCUGUGGACAACGCGACGCCGACAACUCCCAGUGCUGAACCAUCGUCAAAUGCAGCUACGCCUCCUACCCCUGUAUCCACACCUACACUAACUGACACGCGUGCUCAAAAACCAACCGAAAACGAGACGUCCUCCAACACGCACAAAACAGAGUAUAAUGGUUCAUCUGAGUCACCCAAACCCUCUACCACAGUUCAGUACCAUCAACCUAAUCCAACGACCCAAGAAUCCUUUUUCAAAUCCGUUAACAAGCGUUUGCAUAUGUUGGAGACGAACUCCUCACUCUCAUUACAGUAUAUUGAGGAACAGUCACGUAUCCUACGAGAUGCAUUUAACAAAGUAGAAAAACGACAGCUAGCGAAGACCACCACCUUCCUCGAAAACUUAAACACAUCAGUGCUGCAAGAGCUCCGAGAAUUCCGCCACCAAUACGACCAGGUCUGGCACUCCGUUGCCGUUGAAUUUGAACAGCAACGACUACAGUAUCGUCAGGAGGUCUUCGCUAUGAGCAGCCAGUUGGGAGUCCUGGCUGAUGAACUCGUAUUCCAAAAACGCAUCUCAAUAAUCCAAAGUGUCUUCGUCCUCAUCUGCUUCGGCCUUGUCCUUUUCUCCAGUUCCCCGAUAGGCAGCUAUCUCGAACUCCCCCGUGUUCAUAACAUGGUCUCCCGUUCCCAGAGUUUCCGCUCCUCAACUCAUUCAUUCGAAACACCCUCUGCGAGUCCUCUCUCGCGGCCCAACUCGCCCUACCAGGACAACAAGCGUGUCUCCAGCAGUCAUACACGCACCAACUCCAUGGAAUCCAGGGAAGACGACUUGGCGGUAAAUCCAACCAUCUGUUACUCGCCACCAACUCCGACAUCUGACAGCGGCGGUCACGAAUUGCGUCGACGACUCUCUGAGCAAACGAACUCCACGUCGAGCAGCGUUGUGGUAGCGCCCCAGGCUCGGUUCCUCAGGUCUGAAAGUAGUCCGCCAGACUUGUCCACUUGA